AUGCCACCACCUCCUCCCCCGCCGCCGCCGCCGCCGCCGGGAGGUUUGGGUGGUCCUCCCCCGCCGCCCCCUCCAGGAGGUCUCCCAGGAAGACCUCCUAAAGGACAGGCUAAAGACCGGGGUGCACUUCUUUCUGAUAUCCACAAGGGCGCCAGGCUGAAGAAGGCCGUUACCAAUGAUCGAUCAGCACCUGUAAUUGGAGGUUCAGGAGGCGUUUCAGCAGCUCCUCCCGUCGCGGGUGCGCCGCCGGUUCCUGGUGCGAGGCCGCCUCCAAGCGGGCUUGCACCGCCUGUACCAUCCGGCCCUGCCGCGAAUCGAUUACGGAGUAACAGCGAAGGAGUUUCUGGGACAGAUAGCGCAGCCAUUGCAACGCCACCCCAAUUAGGGGGGAUAUUUGCUGGUGGGAUGCCCAAGUUACGCAGUCGUGGAGGUGUUGAUACAGGUGCCAAUCGAGACUCGCCAUAUAUCUCUGAUUCACCUGCUGCGCCAGCUCCCAAGCCUCCAACAGCUCCCAGACCUCCUGGAGCCAGGCCGCCUCCCCGUCCCUCAUCGACAGAUUUGCCACCUGCACCACCAGUCAAUCCACUGGUUGCCGGCUUGAAGAAGCCUCCCCCGAGACCGGCUUCACGAUCCUCAUCUACAGUUUCAGCGCCAGCUACGAAGGCCCCUGAAGCGCCGCCUCCGCGCGCGCCCCCCCUACCUCCAGCACCGGGGAGGUUUCCACCACCGCCUACAUCUAGAAAACCGUCCGGACCCCCACCACCUCCCCCAUCAGCCCCCGCAACUCGGGCACCUCCUCCCCCGCCGGCUGCUUCUAGAUCGACACCACCCCCUCCCCCUUCAGUAGCCCCGCCAUCAAUUGCUGCGCAGGCUGCCCGUUCCGCCCUGGGACAUUCUUCGCCUUCAGCACCUCCCCCGCCACCCCCAUCAGCUGCCCCAGGUGCUCCACCACCACCGCCUCCAACUUCACUUCCUGCAGCUCCGCCAAGCGAGCCACCAUCCCGACCAUCCCCUGUUUCCUCUCGCCCUGUCUCCCACGAACCCUUUGCAGCGCUGGACCCCAGCGCUUAUACACUUUCCAAUGGUGGAUUGCCUGCACCAAGCUCACGAGGCCCUGCAACACAAGGACAUGGCCCAGUCCGAAUAGAAGACCCGCGAUUCAAAUUCCAAAGCGAUGGGCUGCUUCCCAAACCACGGCAAUUUAUCGGGGGAGACCGUCGAUACCGCGCUGGAAGGGGCAGCAGUGUUCCUUUGGAUCUGAGUGCUUUGCGAGGCUGA